UGUGAGUCAGUGAUGGCCUCAUUGAGCGCCGAGAGCGAGAUCAUUUUGGAGGUGGGGACAGCAACAACAACAACAACAACAACCACCCAACCCUCUGUGAGUCAGCCAUCACCCGAAGAGCACACUUCAUUGGCGGCCAACCAGAGAAACCCUUUUGAAUCACAAUCAGGAAGAAACUUCAACCAUGAUGAUCAACAGACUGUGCUUCGUUCUUUCCUUGUUGGUUGCGACCAACCCGGCAGUAUUGGCUUUGGCUCCAAGCUCUAGAGUUGUCGUUUUUGGAGGUACUGGGUAUGUGGGCUCUCAAGUGUGCGAGAGAUUGGUCAACAAAGGAUAUACAGUGACAGCGGUGUCCCGUCGAGGAACUAACCCUCGUCCUGGUACUGCUCUGGAUGAAGUGACCUGGGCAAAGGGCGAUGCUACCGAUUCCAAAACAAUCAGCAAAUUUGUUUCAAGCAAUGACGCCGUGGUUCAUGCGGUGGGACUUUUGUUUGAUGUCGAUAGUGGCCUUCAGGGCCUCAACAACAUCGUUUCAGGAUCCAAGUCUCAGCCUGGCGACUCCAGCACAUACGACAAUAUCACACGCAAAACCAUGUUUAACAUUCUGGAUGCUGCUGAAAGUCCGGUCAAUCGCAUGAAAAAGGGAGGGAAGAAAAUGCCUCUGGCAUUCGUCUCUUGUGCCGAAGCCGGAUGGCCUGAUGUUCAAUUUGGAGAGUUUGUGGAAGAAAAGCUCGCACCGGCAUGGUUACAGAAAUAUCUUAUUGCAAAGAGAGCUGUGGAGGACCGGCUCAGCAAAUCCACCGCUGUGAGGCCUGUCAUCGUUCGCCCUUCUCUCAUUUGGUCUUGGGACAAGUUGGAUGUUUUGCCCAUUAUUCCAGUUUUCAACAUUGCGAAUGCGCUUGGGGUCCCCUUUGUUGACAAGACCGUUCGUGUAGAGACCUUGGCUGACGCCAUUGUUACCGGGCUUGAGGAUGACACGGUUGAAGGAGUUGCCAGAUACAUGAAGAUGGAGGAGCUCGCUGCUCGAUAGGUGAUUGAAUCAUUCGCAUCGCAGAGUGAUCGCACGCACCUCGCUAGCUAGCAAAGGCUGUCACUCAGGAAGGAAAAUCUCCACAAACACUACUGCUAGUUUCUGAAUACAACAAACCCUUUCUGAUUAAG